GCACUGUCAUUUCCGAACAGCCCAGUGCUAGAGUAAAUUCAGUGUGAAAAAGGAAGGACUUGCAGCGUGUUAGAAUUCUUCCUCCACAGCCUGGAUUAUUACAGGAGACGGAUUUCAAGGGCUCUAAAAAGAAAAAAAAGAUUUUGAAACUGAGUACUCUGAAAAUGAGCUUUGUAAGGACAACCGAUGUUUGACUGCUAGAACUACUGAAGGAAUUUUGCAAGAUGAGCAUUGUUAUGAAGCCAAGAUCACGAUCUACCAGCUCCUUAAGGACUGCUGACGCUAUGUGUUUCGAUGUAGACAAUGGUACAUCAUCGGGACGAAGUCCCUUGGAUCCCAUGACAAGUCCUGGAUCAGGGCUAAUUCUUCAGGCAAAUUUUGUCCACAGUCAACGUAGGGAGUCUUUUCUUUACCGGUCAGACAGUGACUAUGACUUAUCUCCAAAGUCCAUGUCCAGGAACUCCUCCAUUGCCAGUGAUAUACAUGGAGACGACUUGAUUGUGACACCAUUUGCACAGGUGCUGGCCAGCCUGCGUACUGUACGGAAUAAUUUUGCUGCACUAACGAAUUUACAAGAUCGGGCACCCAGCAAGCGAUCGCCAAUGUGUAACCAACCAUCUAUCAACAAAGCAACUAUAACAGAGGAGGCCUACCAAAAACUAGCUAGCGAGACCCUGGAGGAGCUGGACUGGUGCCUGGACCAGCUGGAGACCCUGCAGACAAGGCACUCCGUCAGCGAAAUGGCAUCGAACAAGUUUAAAAGAAUGCUCAACCGCGAGCUAACUCACCUAUCUGAAAUGAGCAGGUCAGGCAAUCAGGUCUCAGAAUUUAUAUCAAACACAUUCUUAGACAAGCAACAUGAGGUUGAAAUCCCUUCACCAACACAGAAGGAGAAAGACAAAAAGAAGAGGCCAAUGUCUCAAAUCAGUGGAGUCAAAAAACUGAUGCACAGCUCCAGCCUAACUAAUUCCAGUAUUCCCAGAUUUGGAGUGAAAACAGACCAAGAAGAUGUUCUUGCCAAGGAACUAGAAGAUGUGAACAAAUGGGGGCUUCAGGUUUUCAAAGUGGCAGAGUUAUCUGGAAACAGACCUUUGACAGUCAUCAUGUACACCAUUUUUCAGGAACGGGACUUGUUAAAAACAUUUAAGAUUCCAGUAGAUACUUUAAUAACUUACUUGAUGACUCUGGAAGACCAUUACCAUGCAGAUGUGGCAUAUCACAAUAACAUACACGCUGCAGAUGUUGUUCAGUCCACCCAUGUGCUGCUAUCAACCCCAGCACUAGAGGCAGUGUUCACUGACUUGGAGAUUCUUGCGGCAAUUUUUGCCAGUGCGAUACAUGACGUAGAUCAUCCUGGAGUUUCAAAUCAGUUUCUUAUCAACACAAAUUCUGAACUCGCCUUGAUGUACAAUGACUCAUCAGUACUGGAGAAUCAUCACUUAGCUGUGGGCUUCAAGCUGCUGCAGGAAGAAAAUUGUGACAUUUUCCAGAAUUUGACGAAAAAACAAAGGCAAUCAUUGAGGAAAAUGGUCAUUGACAUUGUGCUUGCAACAGACAUGUCUAAGCAUAUGAAUCUACUGGCUGAUUUAAAAACUAUGGUUGAAACAAAAAAAGUAACCAGUUCUGGUGUCCUGCUUCUUGAUAACUAUUCAGAUAGGAUUCAGGUUCUUCAGAAUAUGGUGCACUGUGCAGAUCUAAGCAAUCCAACCAAGCCACUCCAUCUCUACCGCCAAUGGACAGACAGAAUAAUGGAGGAAUUUUUUCGUCAGGGAGAUCGGGAAAGGGAGAGGGGAAUGGAGAUAAGUCCUAUGUGUGAUAAGCACAAUGCAUCUGUAGAGAAAUCACAGGUCGGGUUUAUAGACUACAUUGUUCAUCCUCUAUGGGAGACGUGGGCGGAUCUUGUUCACCCAGAUGCCCAGGAUAUCUUAGAUACACUGGAGGACAAUCGAGAAUGGUACCAGAGCACAAUCCCUCAAAGUCCCUCUCCUGCACCUGAUGACCAGGAAGAGGGUAGGCAGGGACAAACUGAAAAAUUCCAGUUUGAACUAACACUGGAGGAAGACGGUGAGUCAGACACUGAAAAGGACAGUGGAAGUCAAGUAGAAGAAGAUACCAGCUGCAGUGAUUCUAAGACUCUUUGCACCCAGGAUUCAGAAUCCACUGAAAUUCCUCUUGAUGAGCAAGUAGGAGAAGAAGCAGAAGAGGUGGAGAACCAGACAGAGCCUUGCGUGGUAGAAGACCAAUCUCCUGACACGUAACAAUGAAGAUGCGGUCUCUUUCGAUCUUGCCCUCUCCCUUUAUUUUCCUCUCUGUGUUUGUUUUAUUGGUGGUGGUGGUUUUGUUUGGUGUUGUUUGGGUUUUUUUAAUUGUUGUUUGUUUCUUUAUUUUUGCUGUUGUGUUUUUGGUUGGUUGAUUGGUUGGUUUUGUUUUUAAACUAGGUAAUGGUUUGCAUAGUGUAUGUCAUAUGCUACAACCAUGGUCACAAGUCGCUGCCAUCUGCCAGGACGUUUGUUGAUCAAAACUGACCUUGAUGACUCAGUUUGGUACUCAGGAAUAUUGUAACCAGAAUUUUCACCUUCAUGACACCAGAAAGCAAGGGGGAUAACAUCCAUAAACUACAUUUUAAUAAGCUCUCCAUUUGACACAUUUGAUUGAAUAAAGCAGAUGUUUUCAGAGGAA